GUGCUCAGUGUGCUUGUCUCUGCUUUCUCCUUCACUGUGCCCUGCCGCACCGGACAGUGUUGAGAAACUACACGCUCCUCUCGCAAAUUUAGAGACAUGGCAGAGAAAGGAGUGGUGGUGCAGAAGGAAAAGGCAGGAAAUGGCAAGCAAGCAGUGAACAAAGGCCAGUGUGUGACAUGUGAACACCACGCACCCAAGGGACAUGGCACAAUGGCCGUCCCCCCUGCAUACACAGACUUGGGAAAAUCCGCCAAAGACAUCUUCAGCAAGGGCUUUGGAUAUGGAAUUCUCAAGCUGGACGUUAAGACCAAGGCUCAGAGUGGUGUUGAGUUUGCCACCUCCGGCUCCAAUAACACGGACACAGGAAAGUCAGGAGGCCACCUGGAGACCAAGUACAAAGUGAGCGACCUGGGACUGAACUUCACCCAGAAGUGGAACACAGACAACACUCUCACCACAGAAAUCACUAUUGAGGACCAGCUGGCUAAGGGCCUGAAGCUCAGUCUGGACACGUCAUUUGUGCCCAAUACUGGUAAGAAGAGUGCCAAGCUGAAGACCGGCUACAAGCGUGACUUUGUCAACAUGGGCUGCGACCUUGACUUCGACAUGGCCGGUCCCACCGUCCACGGGGCCGCUGUGCUGGGCUACGAGGGCUGGCUGGCCGGCUACCAGUUGGCUUUCGACACCGCCAAAUCUAAACUGACCCAGAACAACUUUGCCCUUGGAUACAAGGCCGGUGACUUCCAGCUUCACACCAGCGUUAAUGAUAGCACAGAGUUUGGUGGCUCCAUUUACCAGAAGGUGAACAGCAACCUGGAGACAGCGGUCCAACUGGCCUGGACAGCCGGCAGCAACAACACACGCUUCGGAAUUGGAGCCAAAUACCAGCUGGAUAAGGAUGCUUCUCUGUCUGCCAAAGUUGACAACGCCUGUCUUGUUGGAGUGGGAUACACACAAACCCUCAGGCCAGGAGUGAAGCUCACCCUCUCAGGCUGAUUGACGGGAAAAACGUGAACGGCGGUGGACACAAAGUGGGCAUGGGAUUUGAGCUGGAGGCAUAAAGAUCCAGCAGGAGAACAGACAAAAAGGAGAGUGAGGACAGCGAAACGGGAAGUAGAAGAUAACAGAGCCCAAAUGUGAAAACAUUUUUUAAAAAAAAAGGUCCACUCAGCGAUACAUAAACACAUCUUCCCUCUCAGUCUGACACGUACACACAUGUUCUUUGGCCUUAACCCUGUAACCCUAAGCAGCCUCACAAACCUCCAGUACUGUAACUUUUAAAUGAAUCAAGAUUUAUUUUUUAAAAUAUACACUAUUUACAGGUAACAACUUUUAAGCAUCUUUUAUCAGAAAACACCAAAAAACAGACUCAACAGCUGAAAAUGAAACCUUGUUUGCCAGAUAAUGUGCUACUUCUGACCAGUUGAAUAGGACAAAGUGCACUUUGAAUAAAGCAGUAUGUGUCAGCUAUAUCUGUGUUGUUUCUAAAAUAGGAUUAAAAGCACCUUUUUAUUUUGAAUGUGUGGUCAGCUCAUCUUUGUUCUGAUAUACUCUGGGUUUUAGACAAAAAAAUAUAGUAGAGGGUGCCUUUUAUUUUGGUUUUGUUUUGGUUUUGUUGCAUGCUAUUAAGACUUGAGGGACGCUUUAUGAGUUUUAAGUGUCAAACUGACGAGUACAGAGACUGUAAACAAACGCAAUAAAACCUUGAGGGAGUUAAGUAGAGAAGACAGAGCAGCUGCUCCCUCUCAGACUAAGUGGACUGACUGGUUCACCGUUUGACCUCAGAAACACAGUUUUUAUACUGUGGACCUUCAGUUGCCUCCAUGUCUAUUUUUUUUCAGGAGCUACGUGUGACCUCUUUGUCUGGUUUUGUCUCCAGUACCUGUUCAACCUACAUUUCACUUUAUCUGUGCUGUGCUAUGUAUAGGAGCCUUAGUCAACUGUUAGGACCUCAAACUGAUUUCAUUGAAUUAAAGGAAUAAAGAAUGUUAACCACAAA